CGCCCGUGGCCAACGAUUCGACGUCCUUUCGCGAUGCUAGGUGAUCGAAGUGCGCCGCGAGAAGCUUCGAAAUAGCCAGAGAUGUCGCAGCCGCCGUCGAAACCCCAUGGAAAGCCCGGGCCAGGGGGUGGUUGGACAGCCAGACCUUCUGUGUCUGGCCAAUACCGACCUCCGUCCCCUUUCAGUCCAACGGGCUCACCUCAUCCUCCGCGAGCUCGAGGACCACCGACACCGGUUCAUCAUGCUCAUCCUGCGUCACCGUUGACGUACACCGGAAUGAUGCACCCGAUGAGCCCAGUACCUAUUGGAAUGCCCAUUUCUCCCGGGAUAUCGCCGGUUUUUGGAUCACCCACCGGAUACAUUCAAUGCCCGAGACCAAGAUGGCCGUCGCCGCUUCCUGUUUCGAGUCAGGCACCGAGGCCGUACAUACCGACACAGAGCUCGAUGGAAAGUGGCGCGUCUUCGCCUCUAGUCGCCGGACCACCGGAGUACAUGAUCGGGACGUACAGACCCGGCGAUUACGAAUACGUCGGAGUGCCUCUGGAUCCCACGCAGGCAGAAGAGGAAUUCAGCGGGCCAAGCACCGCGGAAAUAAUAGCCAACCAGAGUCAGGAUUACGUGGACGAGAAACUAGCUGAAUAUCAGGCCACGAUACAACAGCUUCAAAUCGCCGGACCACCGGAGUACAUGAUCGGGACGUACAGACCCGGCGAUUACGAAUACGUCGGAGUGCCUCUGGAUCCCACGCAGGCAGAAGAGGAAUUCAGCGGGCCAAGCACCGCGGAAAUAAUAGCCAACCAGAGUCAGGAUUACGUGGACGAGAAACUAGCUGAAUAUCAGGCCACGAUACAACAGCUUCAAAAGCGUAUCAUCGGUAAGCUCGCGAUACAAAGUAUAAAUAAAGAUAUGAAAUAA